AAGCAGAACGCCAACGCGCACUACGCCUUCCAGGCGGACGUGGACGACCGCGUCAGCGACCUCACGCUGCACCGCCAGGAGGCGCGCGACGGGCUGGCCGUGUCAGGCUCCUUCGCCUACAGCGACGGCUACGUGCGCCGCCUCGUCAAGUACGUCGCCGACGAGAACGGCUACCGCGUCCUCAGUGACGAGGCGGAGCCGCUGGAGGGUCCGAAGGGCGACCCAGAGGGCGUAGCGUCGGUGCGCACCGUGGUAGAGGGCCAGGAGCUGAGCUACAGCGUCCAGAAUGACCCGCGCCCCGCUCCACGCGCCAAGGCCACGUGACACCCUCCGUGCCCCAGGGAGUGUACGAAUCACCGGCCUCAAGAACGAGAUGAGUUUACGAGCGUGAAUUGAAAGGGAGAGUAUACCAAAAUACUGUACAUAAAAAUAUUUAUAAAUAAUAAAGAACAUAUCGAACUAUCUCA